GCCCGAGCGUCAGUGCGGCCUGGCGAGGCGCAGAGAGAGCAGGGACUCUCGCAGUGCUCGCUGUUAACGCACAUGAUGUCCGAUAGGAAGCGGAAGGCCUCCAGCUCGGAGGAGCCAGUGUGUGCGCUGUGUGGCCAGGCAGAUGUCGACCCGGACAUCUGCGGGCACACACUUUUUGAGACUGGGAUUCGUGUCCAUGAGUUCUGCUUGACGUCUGCCAACAUCACGGCUAAAGCAAGACCAGGAAUUGAGGUCCUCCCGCUUGCUGCCAUCGCACGCAAGGUCAGGCAGGCAAACAAGAAGCAAUGCUGUGUUUGCGGCGAGAGGGGGGCUGCCGUCACAUGCGCAGAGAGAGGCUGUGCACGCAGCUUCCACCUGCCCUGUGCCAAGGACGGGGAAUGCAUCACCCAGUACUUUGGAGACUACAGGUCCUUCUGCUGGGAGCACCGCCCUCAACAGGCCACUCAGGAAGCUCCAGCAGAAGGCACCAUCUGCCUCAUCUGCUUGGAGCCUGUGGGGGACAGCUUGUCCUACCACACCAUGGUGUGCCCAGCCUGCAAACACGUUUGGUUCCACCGGGGCUGCAUCCAGGUAGGAGCCCACCCCGCACCCUGCAGGCACGCUCGGUGCUCAGCAGCACCAGGCACUGCUCACGCUCACCCUGCUUGUGCUUCUCCUGCAGCAACAGGCCUUGAGUGCUGGCACUGCGUACUUUGAGUGCCCCGGUUGUCGAGACUACAUUCUCUUCUGUGAAGAGAUGUCCAACAUGGGGAUCCACAUCCCAUUAAGAGACGCAUCGUGGGAGGACGAUGAGUCCUACGAACCACUUGUAGAGAUGCACAGCCGCUGCGACGCCAGCCAGUGCCUUUACCACGGAGGCAGAGAGCAGGCACAGAGCAGGGGGCCCUGGGAGCUGAUCCUGUGCAGCUCCUGUGCUGCUGAGGGCACCCAUCGACAGUGCUCCCACUUGAGCAACACCACAGACAUGUGGGAGUGCAACAGCUGUGCUGGCCUGGCUACCGGUAAGAGGCAAUCAGACGCGUGGCACCGCGCUGGGGCCAGGCAAGGCCUGGCAGCAACUGCUUGGGGCACCAUUGCCAGAGUCUGUCUGCCCCAAGUGGGAUGGCAGAUCCCUCUGGGGCGCUGCAGCUCCAGACUCAUGACCUUCCUGCCUCCCCUUACAGCCUCCAGCGCCGACGCUGAGUUCGCCGGUCCCAGCACUGCCAGCCAGACGGCUCCGGGUCCAUCCAGCAGCUCCAUGGAGCCUGAGACCUUUGGCUCCAUGCCCGCCAGCCAGGAAGCGUUGGGGACAUCACAGAGCUCCCAGCUGCCUGAGC